CUGUUGGCCGCCUGUCAGUACCCCAAAGCGGCCAGAGUAGAGGUGGGAGGACGAGCGAGCGGCACACCAGUGUGGACGCAGUCCGGAUGGUUAAAUCGAACCUACAAACGAUUUUGAAUAGUCACUGCUUUGCUAGAAAAAAAGAGAGACACUUAUCCAACAUGCCCGUCAUCGAACAGACCAGUAAUAAACCGGAAAGUGAAAGUAUCUCCAAUCCCAGGAGGUGCUCCCGCUGUUGCAGUAACCCGUGUCCGGGGCCUCUGUGGUGCUCCGAUGCCCCUCACCCACCCCUGAAGAUCCCAGGUGGGCGAGGGAAUGACCAGCGGGAUCGCAAUCUUUCAGCUAAGCUAUUCUAUUCCGAUGCUCAGUUGCUGGUUCUCGAAGAGCCCGCCCCCGCCAACAGCAGAGUGCGCUUCCUGCUCUUUGAGCCGCGCUUUUCCGACGGCAAGAAGUGCGUUUGGAGGGCGGCGCUCAAAGCCGGCAACCUCUACAUUGAAAUCCCCCCGGGAGCUUUGCCCGAGGGCAGCAAAGACAGUUUUGCUCUGGUGCUGGAGUUUGCCGAGGAGCAGCUGCAGGGCGAGCACGUGUUCAUCUGUUUCCACAAGAGCCGUGACGAUCGAGCAUCCCUGCUGCGCACAUUCAGUUUCCUGGGCUUUGAGAUUGUGAGACCGGGCCAUCCCCUCGUCCCCGCCCGCCCCGACGCUUUCUUCAUGGCUUACAGCAUCGAGCGAGACUCAUCCUCUGAUGACGACUAAAAAAAAAAAAAUGCAGUCGCUCACUUUCCUUUCUCAUCCACUUCAACGUAUCGUAAUCAAAGAGUGCAUAUAGGUCUCCUUUAGUACCCCCGUGUAACAGCGUUUUACUUUCUGUGACGUCUAGUGAUGACUUCCUGCUCACCCCUUCAUCAUUACCAUCCUCAUCAUCCGCACAGGCUGAUAUUUAUGAUUAAAUUUGAAACCACCGUACUCCUCCAGAUAGAUUGGUUAUCAUUGUAAUUGUGAGUUGAUUCUCCUGUUAUUGAUUGUGUUGUUUUCUAUGUGUGCAUGAUUUUCAUUUGAUGCUCUGAUUCACUUGAUAGAAAUCUGCAUGUUGAAACUGAACCGAUUAAAAGUGCUCACGUUAUACUCA